AUGCAUCAUCCUCUUAUUUAUACUAGCCUCAGGGAGUGCCUCCUAGACCCGCCCCUUCGCGAGAGACUCCGGCAGCCGCAGCUGAGCGUGAGGAAGCAGCUCUUCUCGAUGACAGGCUGGAACCUCGCUAUUUACCCCGACAUGUCCGUCAAGGGUACCAGGGAGUUUUACAACCUCUACGCUAUCAUGGAGGUCAGGGCCGUCGGCAAGGGGGAGGUGCAGAUACGCGGCGUGGACGCGGGACUCUUCUUGGCUAUGUCCAGCAAAGGGAAACUCUACGGAGAGCCCGACGAGUUGAAGGAGAACACGGUGUGGGUCGAGACGCUGUCCGGUGCCUUCUACAACUAUCUGAGCAAAAAGUAUGCCCACAUGGGAUGGUACUUGGGCAUCAAGAAAAGUGGUAAGGGCAAGAAGGGUCACAAGACAGAGUACGGCCAGAGGGCAGUGCAGUUCUUGCCCCGACACCCGUACCCGAUUGGAUAACAUGAAGACGGCAGACGUCGGAGGUCCUUCGCAUAUCCCCUUGGUCGCUCUUCCAGCGGACACUUUCAAGAUGUCCCCCUGCUCCGAUUUUCUCUUCUUUUCUCCUCGCCGCUUCACGCACGAGAGAGGGAGCGUCGUGGAUACGAAUGAUGGAAGCAGAAGAUUGUGUUGUUUUUUUUUCUCUCUCUCUCUGAACCGCGAAGGAUUCAUGGCUUGUAAACAGUGAGGAACUUGCAGACGUAGGAUGAGUGUCGGGUUGGUUGUUUGCUUAGAAAAGCAGGUAGGGUAGGAGAUGUUAGGAAAUAAUUGGUUGUUAUCGAAUAGUAGCAGACCCCUGUUCAUUUCAAGAACAAGGGUCUGGAGAAUACAAUGAUUAACACUAAGGUAGAAGAAUCUGUAAGGUAUGAAUGAUUCGUUAUUGUUAGGAGAUAAGGAAAUGUCACGGAACGCUUCUCUCACUCGGUUGGUCAUUAGUCUACUGUUCACUGCGUUCACUGUGUAAAUUAUAUAGAAUUACAAGUCGGAUAAUUGGCAUGCACGUCUGCUACAUGCAUCAAUGACUUUUGUUUGAGGAUUUUAGAAGACUGGUAAAAGAUACAAAAUACCACCGCUUACAUAUAUGGGUGUAAUUAUGUCAUAUGCUGUAUUGUAAUUAGUUUCGGUUUUCUAUCAUUAUCUAACAGCAGCUGUAAGACUCUUCAUGACUAGUCUCAGAAUUAUCUGGAAGAGUACUGGUUAUUUGAUAAUCGUUUUAAAAAAGUAAGCUUAACUCUACCUUUUUACGUCUAAAUUCUUAACAUACAUUUGUCAUCAGUGAUUAAUCAAACAUAAAAUAAAAAGCUUUACACAUACCUGUUAUCCAAAAUUCCUAUAUUCGGGCAUCGUGCAGUAGCAGACAGUAUACGCAAUGAACGUGACUUAAUCUUUCGUACUGAGUCUUCAUCAUAUUGGCUAUAGAUCACAUUGCAAUGGAAUAAUUUCUACAAUGACUUCAAAAACAGGACGCAAAUAGCAAACACAAUAACUUGUUUCUUACGCUCAUAUUGUUUUGGCCACGAUUACGUAAUGAGAAAGAGGAAUCUGAGAAUUAAUUUCCUCUGUAGCUUAAGGUUUUCGUGUCGAAGUGAUACGGUGAUAUAAGGGCUCUUGAAGAGGUCCAUGCCUUUGUCUCAUGUCACGGAGAAUUUUCACAUCCUCAGGAACUAAGGGGCCUUACUUUUUUAAUACAGGCCUUUAUACUUAUUAGUUUGAGUAGGCUAAAGUUAAGAUACUGUUUUAAGUAUGCAUAGAAUAUUGUUUUUUCUUGUCAAUAGGAUUUUCUGAUUGAUAUUUUUCUUGUCUCUCUCUAAGGCUUUCUGCCUGUUUAAAUGCACUGAUUAAAGCAUGGACGUCAUGCAGAGUAUCCGAUGUUGAUUUUAAUUCUUUGUGAAUUUUAGCCCAGUCCAUACUCAUAUAUAUAGACGUUCCCUUUUUCAUUCUGUACCAAGUAUAUCUAUGCUAUAUUCAUGCAACCAUUGUCGUUGAAGGCAUUAAGUUGUUUGUAAGUGUAUUAAUCGUCUUAAAUUGCAAAAUAAAUUCAAGAUUAGAGUUGGUCACCAUACGUAUUCUGAUACAUAACUCGGCCUUGCAUAGUAGCUUGAUACAGCUUUAUGUUUAAUGCAUACGGGCCAAGCUUGAGGAAUUACUUAAUGUACACUGCCCAGUAAUUUCCGCAGCUAGACCUUCAUUUUUUCCCAUUUCUGUAACUGACUGUAAUCCUUCUGCAAGAAUAUUUGUA